CUCCAAGCAGGACGGUGAUCUCUGUCUUAGCAAAGUACUACUACGCCAGGCCCUUACCUCUGCACUUAGGAGACGCAUUUAUUUCUGUGGGUAUUUAUUUACCUGGGUUUGUCGGGUUGCUUUUGGCACUAUGAGAGGUCUGCUAUGGUAGAACAAAUGCAUUCUAAGUUUGCGUCAGAUCUGGAUGUACUUGUACAGAAAAUCAGAUAGAAGGGCAUGCUUCACCGUGCAAAGUAUAAUCGUUUCAGGAAUGAUUCAGUGACAUCAUUCGAUGAGCUUAUACACAACUUAUCAAUGAACGGCAAGGGCUCGACUGUUACGACGACAACAACGACAUCUGCUGCAUCUUCAUACCCAGAACCACCAGAGGUGCUCCGCAAGGACCAGGAAAAUGGGCCCACGACCCUCUGCAACUUCAUCCAAAAGAUGUCCCAUCUGAAAUUUGCCAGCACAGGCAGCCUGUUGGGCAUCAAAAAUCUGUCCUCUGCAAUGAAAGACCUUGCCUCCUCUAAACAGCAAGGCAGUUCAAGCACUCCUAGCUCAGUUUCAGCAGCUGUAGACACAUGUAACCCUGUCUCCUCCACUCCGUAUUCCCAGCAGGACAUGAACAAGAUGAGCACUGACAAGAAGACCAAGGUAGAAGAUAUUCACUUGUGUGGAGAGGAUUGGAAUCACAGUGGAGGCUUUGUUAAUAAACCCUCACGAGGGUGGCUGCACUCUAAUGAGAAAAUCCUGGGACCUGGUGUGACGUACAUUGUAAAGUAUCUAGGCUGUAUAGAAGUGUUACGGUCAAUGCGUUCCCUUGAUUUCAAUGUAAGGACACAGAUUACAAGAGAAGCUAUCAGUAGAGUGUGUGAAGCUGUACCAGACACCAAAGGGGCUUUUCGAAAGAGGAAGCCACCAAGUAAAGCAUUGUCUAGUAUACUUGGUAAGAGUAAUUUGCAGUUUGCUGGAAUGAACAUCACUCUGAAUAUUUCAACUAGCAGCCUUAAUCUAAUGACGCCUGACACAAAGCAGAUUAUAGCAAAUCAUCAUAUGCAGUCCAUUUCCUUUGCAUCUGGUGGCGAUCCGGACACCACAGAUUAUGUUGCAUAUGUGGCAAAGGACCCAGUGAACCGUCGAGCAUGCCAUAUAUUAGAAUGCUGUGACGGGUUGGCUCAAGAUGUUAUCAGUACCAUAGGCCAAGCUUUUGAACUUCGAUUCAAGCAAUAUCUACAGUGUCCUACUAAGAUAUCUAAUAUACAUAGCAGAAUGCCAAAUUUGGAAGAAUCACCUUGGUUUGGUGAAGAUGAAAAGGUAACAGAGCAUCCCUAUUAUAACAGUAUUCCAGGGAAAGUCCCUCCUCCUGGCGGGUUUGUUGAUGUCCGACUUAGAGAAACUCAACAGCCAGGGUUGAAUCAGAUUCUGCCUGCACAUCCUCUUGAUGCUAACCAGCCAGUGUUGACCAUAGGACAAGACCAAAGCUACUACCAAGGCCAGCACCUGGGUGAGGAUCACAGUGAAGACUGGAGACAUGCACUCGACCGAUCUGGCUCUUCAAGUGAUUUAUAUGUUCAGCCUGAGGUGAGACUUCACAUACCCAAAGGUGGAGAAGCUCCAACAUAUGUCAACACUCAACAUCUUGAUCUGAAGGCUCUGGCAACAUUGCAAAUAGAUCCCAGCUUCAGCACAGAGAUCAGUGAGUCAUUAAACAACAGUGAAGACAGCUCAAUAAAAGAUGUCUUUGAUAUGAAACCAUUUGAAGACGCCUUGAAGCAUCAAACUUGCGAGCAGUUCUCAAACAAAGCUUCACCGGUUCCGAGUGACAAUCCUCAUUUACCUAGGACAAUCAUAGAUGCAAUGAAGGAAUGUCUCGAGGAAGAACCAUGGUUUCAUGGAGAAAUGAGCAGAAAGGAUGCAGAGCAGCUUCUGUCAACUGAUGGUGAUUUCCUUGUUAGAAAAAGUACAACCAAUCCUGGAUCCUAUGUAUUGACUGGCAUGCAUAAUGGCCAAGCUAAACAUCUUCUCCUGGUAGACCCUGAAGGAAUUGUUCGGACAAAAGAUCAUAUAUUUGAAAGCAUUAGCCACCUUAUCUACCAUCACCGUGACAACAACUUGCCUAUAGUCUCCUCUGGGAGUGAACUGUGCCUGAAGCAAUCGGUUGAGAGAAAGCAAUGAUUGCUAAAGCCAGUCAUGUGAUUUUAAUAAUCUCACAGAAAUUCUUAUUUUCUGGCUAUUAUUUAGUGGAAACAAAGAAGGGAUCUCUAGAUCUUGUGAUAACUGUUUGAUUUAUGUGAAAUGAUGUUGUCUGGUUCAGAGAAAGUGGGUGUUUUACUUGAAUUCUUAUUGCAAAAGAGUGGAUUGGACAAAAAGAUGUUGUGAAGGUGUUUUAUGUUUCAACUUGAACCAAUAUAUUUCUAAGAGAUAUUGAAUCAUUUACUAUUGUAUAGAUGAAAUGCUGAUAUCUAGCAGUCAUGAUGCAGAAAAUAUAUUUUAUGAUUUUUUCUUGAUCUAUUCAAUGGAACAUUUUACUAAAGAAGCACAAUAUUUAAACUGUUUAAAGGAAGACAUUUAACUGAAAUGACUUUAAUUGCAGCUACUAUUUUAAGGAACUACAGUCUUUUAGAAAAAUAAUCCAAAAAGUUAUUUGGUGAUGAACCUGAAAUUGAUGGUGUAGUUUAUUUUGUCUUUACAAAUUGUAAGUGAAAUUCUAUUUAUGUUGUACUUAUGUGAUCAUGUUAUAUGACUGCGAUGUUUUUAUCUGAAUAAUUGAGAACACAUGAGAACCAUAAUAACAGUGUCUGCUGCUGAAAAGUGGUUAUUACAUGGGUUUUUCCACUUUGAAUGGUUUUCAUUUACUUGCAGACCAUUUUAAUUCUUUUGAGGCACCAAAUGCUUUUGCACAGAGAUAAGAACUGAUAUUGGUAUGAAACCGACACAGUGUACAUUUUAAAUACAGCUGAUGAAAAAUUAUUCUAUUGUUAAUGUUUUAUUGAUGAGGCAGUUUAUCUGGCAUAAUGUGUGAAUGGAUGCAGAUAACAUGCUGAAUACUCAGAGAUUUAAACAAUCAGAACUUACCACAAUACAAUUGUUAUUUAAAAACAAUUCUUGAAUUUGUAUAACUACUUUGUUCUGUGAAUUGAAUGACUAGCUAUGUUACAGUUUUUCUCAUGAUCGUGAAUUGUAGGUAACAGAGUAUUUUGAUGUAAUAGAUGCCAAACAAUUUUCAACAUAAUUGCUUAGCAGCAAAUCGUACUAGCUUAUUAAAGGUUACAUAAAAUACGCACAAAGCCUGCGGUAGAUUAGUUCUUUAUUUAAAUCAAUUGGAAGGUUAAAACUUUAAGAAAAGUGCUGAAGCUAGUGGUUGUUAUCAGUUGAAAUGGCUUUUCUUAUGAUAUUACUAUACCAAAUAAACAGCUACCAAUCAUGGACACUCUGACAAGUAGAAGUGAAGAAAUCAUUGACUAAUUUUUACUACUUUUCUCAACAUCAUGGAAAACUACCAUCAAGCUUAGCACAAAAUUAAUGCACAGUAUUUGGCAAAUAUACAAGUUGUCAUCAUAUUUAACUCUUAAAACACUAGUAUUGUGCUAACAGCGUGGAGUUCAUUUUUAUUCAGCAGAUUGAAGGUUAAUAAACAAUUUUAAAAUACAAAGCAGUUGCUGAAGAUAAGAGAAUUCUUUUUCACAGAUUCAGUCAGGCAAUGCUGAAUUUCUA